CGGCGCAUUUUUGAAUCAAGCGGUCAAGGUGACAGCGGUGCGCCGGCGGAGGACUGGAUAUGCAGAGGUGUGCGGAGCGUGCGGAUUCCACAGUGAUCCACUAGACUGACGUGUCUACACCGCAGCACCGGCUAUUCAACAGACCUCAGUGCAGCCGAGCAGUCGACAUCCUCUCCUGCAGAGAGAGACACAGAGGAGCAGAGGGGGAAAUAAAGAAUAACGAAACAACUUCAGCACCGACGAGCUGUGCUUUUGCAGCAUGUUACACAUUCGGCAAUCUCCGUUUAAACAAAUCCGCUCAGCGACUGUUUGACUUUUGCUGGUGUGUUGGCUUAUUUUUCAUUUGCAGUGGAACGAUUCGUAUUUUUCAUCCAACGGCUGAUGUAAAAAAAUCAUUCCCUCUACAUUGGAAAGAUGUGGACCUCUCAUGAUACUGUUGGAUUUGUUUUCUUAACCGGUUUUUGUGUGCAAUUCGGAUUCUCCUUCGAAGGUCGCUUCACGGAUCUGCCCUCCAACAUGACGGUUAAAGAGGGACAAAACAUAGAAAUGGCGUGCGCGUUCCAGAGCGGAACUACGUCUGUGUAUUUGGAGAUCCAGUGGUGGUUCGUGAAAACGCCGGAGCCAACUGACAGCGAGGAUGUCGUCGAUACUGAAGAGAUGGAGAUGAUACCAGAACCUGAUCCUGAUGAUGAGGGGACAAAAAUAAGUACAGUGAAGGUCCAGGGCAACGACAUCUCACACAAGCUGCAGAUGUCCAGAGUGAGCAAGAGUGACGAAGGGCUGUACGAGUGCCGAGUGACGCGAGCUAACUACGGGGAGAUUGUGGAGUACAAGGUCCAAGCCUGGCUGAAGGUCAACACCACGGCCAGACCCCGGCGACCACUGACACCUCCCAAGAAGAGCUCGCCACUGCACCUGACGGACAAGAAGCCAAGAAAGUCCAACUCACCGCAGGACAGCAUGAGCUCAGACCAGAGGGUGUCCUCCACCUCCACCUCUCACACAUCCUCCAAUACAGUUCAACAGAACCCAAGCUCAGGUACAAGAAUAUUAUCCAGCUGUGGGCUGACUGUCCUCCUCCUGGCGUGCGGUUUGGUGAGGGGUGCCUUGUUGUAAUUUGAAGAACUGACGUGAUUUGCUCCAAGAUAUAUCUCUCUCUCUCUCUCUCUCUCUCUCUCUCUCUCUCUCUCUCUCUCUCUCUCUCUCUCUCUCUCUCUCUCUCUCUCUCUCUCUCUCUCUCUCUCUCUCUCUCUCUCUGUUUGCUCCCAAAGUGAACAAGAAAAUUGCCUGUUUUACUUUCCCUCGCCCCACCACACGGACAGCACAGUCGAAUCCUCAUUUCCCAGCCACCACUGCUCUUGCACCCAGCACAUUGUUAUUAGCCAGUGUAAACACCAGUCACCUUUAAGCCAGUUGGAUUACCUUUUUGUACAGACGUCGACCCGACACCAUCUGAGGUGAAGUGCUCUGGUGUGGAAACGGACUCUGUAUCAUACUGGACGAUGGAAGAUUGACUCUGUUAUGGUUUCAAAGUUCCAGUUCAUGUGUUCAUUGCUCAAAAGUGAACAAGAAAAAAGGGGAAUAUUUAUCUGUGUAAUAAAUAUGAUUCCAGAUAUGCAUAUAUAUAUCUGUUUUAGUUGAAACACCUAGAAUUAACUGUAUUUGCUGUAUACGUAGCUGACACUCUCGUGAUAGGCCA